AUGAAAGCACAUCAUUUCAGACAUCAACAGUCCAUCAGCUUCACAAGUCAAGCAAUGGCUACACCAUCCAAGCGUUCAACUUCGCAACCUCUGCAGUUACCGAGUAGUGAUGAUUGCAGCUUUGCGGGAAUACUUUCAGAUGAGAAAGGUGAACCCAGAACUAGUGGACCACUGAGUUUAACAGUUGAAGAACGAACGCAAAAGUUAUCGUCGGCAGACAGUAGUGAUUCGAAUGGAGAGUGGAAAUUGGUUGAUGAUAAUGUAUGGUCACUUAUUAUUGUACAGCAAAUAUGGCACCGACUCCAUUUCGCUUAA